AUGGAUGCUACUACGCCAUUAAUUGCAGCUGACAAUCUCCUUCAUGGAAGAAGAAGUACCCCAGCACUAUCUACAUACGACGCAUUAAAAGUCGAUUUACAUUAUGUUCUACUUUCCUCACCACUGAAUGUACUUCUACUUUUCGUUCCGUUAGGUAUAGUAUGGGGUUAUUUUGAAGUGUCUCAUACAUGGACUUUUAUCUUUAAUUUCUUGGCCAUUAUUCCAUUGGCUGCCAUUCUAGCUUAUGCAACAGAAGAGUUAGCUGAAAAAGCAGGUAGUACUGUUGGUGGUCUGCUAAAUGCAACAUUUGGUAAUGCUGUUGAAUUAAUAGUCUCUAUUAUUGCUUUAAAAGAAGGUCAAGUCAGAAUUGUUCAAGCCUCUAUGCUAGGUAGUUUACUAUCUAAUUUACUAUUAGUACUUGGGUUUUGUUUCCUAUUUGGUGGUUGGAAUAGAAUUCAACAAACAUUUAAUCAAACUGCUGCUCAAACUAUGUCCUCAUUACUUGCUAUUUCAUGUGCCUCUCUACUGAUCCCAGCUGCUUUUAAAGCCUCAUUACCGACCGGUAAAGAAGACGGCUUGAUUGAUGAAAAGAUCUUAGAGCUAAGUAGAGGUACUUCAAUCAUUUUAUUAACUGUUUACGUGCUCUUCUUAUACUUCCAAUUGGGAUCUCAUCAUGCGCUAUUUGAAGAACAAAUUGAAGAGACUGAAGAAGUACUUGGUCAAAUAUCUUCUAAACCACCUCAUUCUUUGUCUAUUAGAUCAUCAAUUUCGUUUUUAUUAGGUGCCACAAUUCUGGUCUCUGUAUGUGCUGAUUAUCUGGUUGGUACUAUCGAUGGUAUUGUUGAAUCUACUGGUCUAUCUAAGACAUUCAUUGGUUUGAUCUUGAUUCCUAUUGUUGGUAACGCUGCAGAGCAUGUCACAUCCGUGAUGGUAGCAAUCAAGGAUAAGAUGGAUCUUGCAUUGGGCGUUGCUAUUGGUUCCUCUUUACAAAUUGCGUUAUUCGUAACACCAUUUAUGGUUCUAGUUGGUUGGGUUAUUGAUGUUCCAAUGACAUUAAAUUUCUCUACGUUUGAAACUGCCAUUCUAUUCGUUUCAAUAUUAUUAUCUAAUUAUUUGAUUUUAGAUGGUGAAUCUAACUGGAUGGAGGGUGUUAUGUCUUUAGCAAUGUACUUGCUAAUUGCUCUAGCAUUCUUCUAUUAUCCUGACGUUGAAACUUUUGGAGCAUAA